CAACAGGACUAGUUAUCAGGUUCACCAGCUAUGAAAACAAGCAGCUAAAUCCAGAGAGUACGAUCAUCCUCAAUCGCAAACAUCCUCACUGGGGGAAACGAGCCCACAACAAAAGGAUAUUUCAAACAGCACAAUCUACCGAGUAUAGCAGCAAUAAACAUGCUGUAGGCACAGGAACUGUUCAGGAGCACUUUAUCUCUCUGUUGGAACACCCCGCCCCGCCGAGUGCUGUAAAGACAUUUCUCUGGGCCGUCCUAGACAAUGAAACGUUUCCUGGGAAACUUCUGAUACAGGAGACAGGAGCAGCUGAAACGCACUACUCCUGUCUUGAACCUGCCCACCACAGAGUCGGUCUUUCACGACGGCAGGCUGAAAAGGCUCCACACUUAGAGAGUCAAAAAAAAGCAGGAGAGAAACUCAACUGAUAAGAUGAAGGUGUGAUUGGUGAGGCCAGCAUUUAUUGCCCAUCCCUAUUGCCCAGAGGCCAGUUAAGGGUCAACCACAUUGCUGUGGGUUUGGAGUCACAUGCAGGCCAGACCAGGUGCCAUGGAGGAUGAAGACGUUUAUGACUAUUACCAGAACAGUUAUUAUAAUGGGACUGACAGCGACUACAGAAAUUACAGCAUCAACUAUGACGAUUAUUAUCAUAUAUGUCAGAAGGAUAACGUUAGACGGUUUGCCAAGUAUUUCCUGCCAGUGUUCUAUGCGGUCACUCUGAUCAUUGGGCUUGCUGGAAAUUCACUGGUGGUGGCCGUUUACACCUACUACAAAAAGCUCAAGUCGAAAACUGACUUGUACAUCUUGAAUCUGGCCAUUGCUGACUUGCUGCUUCUCAUAACUCUCCCCUUCUGGACAGUCUACGCAAUCCAUGGGUGGAUAUUAGGGGUGGCCAUGUGUAAAAUCUCCUCAGCUCUCUUCGUCAUGAACUUCAGCGCUGGCAUGCUCUUCCUCGCCUGCAUCAGCGUUGACCGAUACCUAGCCGUCUCCAAGGUGACGAGCUCUCCGGCCGUCGGCAGCAAGGGCAAGGUGGUCUGCGUUUGCGUCUGGGCGGCGGCCAUCUUGCUGAGCGUCCCCGAUUUCGUCUUCACUUCGGUGCAUGGGACUGAAGGCAGGGAGCUCUGCAUCUCCGUCUUCCCCUUGCACAUGGCCCGCUCGGCCAAGGCCACCAUCCAGAUCUUCGAGAUCCUCAUGGGUUUCGCCAUCCCAUCGCUGGUCAUGCUGUACUGUUACUCGGCGGUGGCAAAGGCUGUGUGCAGAGCUCCGAGCGGGAAGAAACGCGGAGCCCUGCGAGUCCUCCUUGCCGUCGUGGGGGUCUUCUUCCUGACCCAGCUGCCGUACAACACCGUCAGGUUCUGCCGUCUGCUCGACCUGUUGCACACGCUCAUCAGUGAAUGCGACAGCAGCAAGAGGAUGGACAUCGCCAUUCAGGUGACAGAGACCAUCGCUCUCUUCCACAGCUGCCUCAACCCCAUCUUGUACGCCUUCAUGGGGGCGUCAUUCAAGGGCUACAUCCUGAGGGCGGUUAAAGAAUACAGUUACCACCGUAGGCAUCGGAACACGUCCAUCGCUCUCGAGUGCUCCUUCAACUCCCUGUCUCAAUCUGAGCACACCAGCAGCUUCACCAUUUAGCGAGAUGACUGCACCAAGACUACACAAUCAGAACUUCUACUGCGUUACCAGGGUAACCUUACUGACCAAUAGAAACCCAACCCUUCACUCGCUCAUUUUCACCACAGCCUUUGGAAGGCCAUUGGCAACAUUUUAGGAACAUAGGAUCACAGGAGGAAGAGUAGGCUAUUCAGCCCUUCCAACCUCUUCUACCAUUCGUUGGGAUCAUGACCAAUCUGUGACCUAACUCCUUAUACCUGCCUUUGGCCCAUAUUCUUAACAUCCUUGCUUGACCAGAUUAAUCUGUCUCAGAUUUCACAGAAACAAUUGAUCCAGUAUCUUGCUUCUUCCCGUUGUUUUCACAGAAAUCUCAGAACCCCCACAGUGUGGAGGCAAGCCACUCGGCCAAUCAAGUCCACACUGACCCUCUGAAGCGCAUCCCCCCCCCCCCCCCCCCCCAGAUCCUACCCUAUCUCUGUAACCCUGCAUUUCCAAUGGCUGAUCCACCUAACCUGCACACCUUCGGACUGUGGGAAGAAACUGGAGCACCCAGAGGGAAUGCACACAGAACAGGGGAGAAAUAGCCAAACUGCACACAGAGAGUCGCCUGAGGCUGGAACCGAACCCAGUCCCCGGCGCUGUGAGGCAGCAUGGCUCACCACUGAGCCACCCCAAAGGUUGUUAUUAUUUCUCAGCUACCUCCCCCCUCCCCAUCCCCAUUCAAUUUUCUUUCUCUUCUGUUUCUACCCUCACUUUCUCCUUUAGCUGUUGCCAGGGCAACGUUCUCAGGUCUCCCUCUCCAGUCCCUGGAUUAAUCGUUCUCUCUCGACCAUUCAAAAUAAAAGUGUUGGUCAAAAUGAACCAAAUUAGAUUGAGCAGCCCCUGACGAGCAUCGUAACAAAACUCAAUAUAUCAAAGGAAACUUACAAAUUUAAAUCAAAAUGCAAUUUUUUGGGGGAUGUGGGAAAUAAUGCAAUCCAGACCCCAUGGUGUCCCACUGUUCCUAUUGUUGAAUACUUUACCCACCCUCUGCAUGGGCUCCCAGGGCCAAACAGAGGCACCAAAGUAUUUCUCUCCCUCACUCUACUUUCUGAUUCCUUAACUUCCCCUCGUGAUCCGAUCCAUCUUUCGAUCCAUUCAGCUGGUUCCGAGCAUCCUCAGUCACACCCUCACUUCAAGAGUUAUCAGUUCUUUUCACUGUCCAUUCUCAGAGUCCAACUCUCACGUCCAACACUCGGCAUUGGUGGCUUUACUGAAAGUUCUCACAACUUUGUGCUGAUGCUACUUAAAGUCACUGGUCACGCCUCUUGUCAUAGCCAAUCUAAUUUGGACUUCAUUCAUUUUCGAUUCUAAGUUUGGGUCUUAUCAGCACGCCCUGUCUUUUCAACCCUUACAGUCGGUGACCUAUCGAGUGUGUAAGUGGUGGUAUCCUUACUUCACUCUCACAGUCGGAUUAUCUCUCUGAGAAAGGGGAAAAUUGGACCAUGGAUUCAUUCCCAAUUGAGUCCCACAUCUUUACAGUACUCGUCUUUUUUCCCAUUCUCGUAUUCCACUCUCUCCUCUGGGAGCAAUCAUUCCGAAAGCUCUUUAUUUGACCUCUUCAGUGCUCCUGCUAUUGUGCUCUCCAUUUUUUCAUUGUUAAAUUCAUUCAUAUACAUCACAUUCUGCUCAAGUCUGGAAGUAAUAGUGAGUUUUUGAGGUAAUUUUCAUCCCCUUUCGUAAAAACUUAACAACAUAAGAACUAGGAGGAGGAGUAGGCCCAUCGAGCCCGCUCUGCCAUUCAAUAUGAUCAUGGCUGAUCAUGGCCUCAGCUCCACUUACCCGCCCACUCACCAUAACCCUUAAUCCCUUUACUGUUCAAAAAUCUAUCUUUGCCUUAAAAACAUUCAAUGAGGUAAUGUCAACUGCUUCCCAGGACAGGGAAUUCCACAGAAUCACAACCCUUUGGAUGAAGAAAUUCCUCCUCAACUCAGUCUGAAAUCUGCUCCCCCUUAUUUUGAGGGUGAUGCCCCCUAGUUCUGCUUUCUACAGCCUCCCUGCUUCUAUCUUAUCUCAUAAUGUUAUAAGUUUCUCUGAGAACCCCCCUCAUUCUUCUAAAUGCCAAUGAGUAUAAUCCCAGUCGACCCAAUCUCUCCUCAUAAGCCAACCCUCUCAACUCUGGAAUCAACCCAAAAUUAAUUCGAUAAAGGUUGACCUUGCCAGUGGUAUCCACAUCUCACAAAUGAGCAAGACCAAUUUGACAAACAUCAGAAAAAUCUGCAUCUUAACAGCGGAACAUGAGUCAGAGUUCAACGCAGCAUGUUACUUGUAAUAACUCUGCAAGGAACACAGUGACCACUUCCAACAAGAUAGAGUUGAACCUUUGACCCUCAACUGCAUUCCUUUCACUGAAUUCACAAACUGUUAACAUCCUGGAGAUAAUGACUGAUCAGAAACUGAACUGCGUCAACAACAUAAAUACUCUCGCAUCAAGACCACCCCAGAGGUUGGGAAUUUAGUGGUGAAUUAACUCACUGCCUGUCUCCUCAGAGUCUGUCCAUCAUCUCCAAGGCACUAAGUCAGAAAUGGGAUGGAAUAUUUCCCCACUUGCCUGGAUAAGUGCAGCUCCAGCAGGAUUAAAGAUGUUCACCAAAAUGAAACAGCACCUCAUUCUCCACCGUGAGCCUCAACUCCCUCCACUGCCAGUGCUCAUUAACGGCAGUGUGUAUCCUCUGUAAGAUUUGCUGCAGAAAUUCACCAAGGCUCCUUAGACAGGACUUUCCAGAUCCAUGAUUUAGAGAUGCCAGUAUUGGACAAAGUUAAAAAUCACACAACAACAGGUUAUAGUCCAAUUGGUUUAUUUGGAAGCACUAGUUUUCGGAGUGCUGCUCCUUCAUCAGGUGGUUGUGGAGAAUAAGGCCGUAAGACAUCUUACUUCCACUCCUAUGUCUUAUAGUCUUAUACUCCACAACCACC